AUGGAUUUACUUAACGUUACCGUCGAUACAGUUAUCGGUUCGCGAAUACCGAACAAAGUUGGUAUUGAAACUAAGUCCACGAAUCGUUUAGUUUCUCGACAGACUUUGAUAGCUAAAGAUUCAGUAAGCAACAGAUUACUUUGUAAAUUUGUUUUGCUAUUAAUUUGCAUCUAUUACACAUUUGCUGAAUCGAGCGAAAUUAAGAAUAUGAAAGAAUUGACUUCGAAAACAGGAACAUCUAAAGAAAGUUUUGAUCUAGUUACAAUUGCGCAGCCUAUCAGACAAAGCAAAGCUUAUAGACAGGAUUAUAAUACUAGAGGAGACAAUACCGACUAUCAAGAUCAUGGCGAUGAUACCAUGAUGAUGAAUGACGAUGACGAGGACGAUCACAAUCACAUGAAGGCGAUCAGUCAACCUAAAGUUGAUUAUUGGGCCGGCUAUUAUGACUUUCUAAUAAACGAAGGCAGUUAUAAAUUCUGGGCCGUUUUUCAACUCGCGACUGCGGCUUUGUUAAUUUAUAGCGGUUUUGCGGCAAUUUACUAUGCCAAAGUGAAUCCACCAACCACGGAUGAUUAUUUUGACGAUCUAUUUCGCCGACGACGACGGAGAAGACGUUCGCUUCCGCGUGUGCUCGCGGCUCCUGACAGAUCUUUCGCUGGUCUUGAUGCCAACACAUUUCAAAGGAUAAUCGAAGCUGUUGACACUGAACGAACGUUGAUGCAUUUAUGUUUUAAUCAUUCUUUUAAUGUGACAAAAAAGGACAAUGCAGUAAAUAAAAAGUAGACAAUAAGGGAUCGAUGAUAAGGAACAAUUUUGAUAAGAUGAGAUUUUGAGGAAACAAAUUAAAACGAAACAAGAAUGAACUUGUGUAUGAAAUACGUCAACACAAAUUAGAACGAAACAAGAAUGAACUUGUGUAUGAGAUACGUCAAU